UUCACCGUCUAGAAGAGGAGGAAUGUGGAAUGGACUUUGGGUCGCUCAACUCACGAGAGCUGUGGAGUAGCCACUGACGCCAGCAUUUCGCCAUCUUUCAUCGACCAGCCUCGUCGCAACACCUCAAUCACGCCGCUACACCCACGACUUCACCAUGGCAUCACCAGCUGUUCUAAGCCCACGGCCGAACCCGCCCGGCGCAGCCUUUCAAGAUGGGGCCAAGGCUAGAACCCUCGCGCUCCCAAGCCACACAACCAAGCCCACGAAGUCACCAGCUGUACCAUUCACAGCCCCAGCAGAAGACAGAGGCAUGGAUCUCGCCGAGCAGAUGAACGACCGGGUGCGCAGCCAAUUCGUCAUGGGCCAGAAACUUGGAGAAGGUACCUAUGCUGUGGUUUUUCAAGCCCACUACAUCAACAACCCCAAGAAGCUCGUCGCCAUCAAGAAGAUCAAGCUCAACGCCGAGUACCCCAACGGAAUCGCCCCGGACGCCCUCCGCGAAAUGCAGUUUCUCUUCGAGAUCGACCAUCCCAACGUAAUAAAACUACACGAUGUCUUCUCCAGCAAGGACCAGAAUCUGUCCUUCGUACUCGAACAUCUGCCCCUGGGAGAUCUGGAGGCGCUCUGGAAGAACAAGGAAAUCACAUACACAAAGGCGGAUAUCAAGUCUUGGAUGAACAUGCUGUGUCAGGGAAUCUGGUUCUGCCACGAGAACUUUGUCCUACAUCGCGAUAUCAAGGGCAGUAACGCCCUGAUCGCCGCCGACGGAACAGUCAAGCUUGCCGAUUUCGGUCUUGCGCGGAGUUUCGCGGAUCCAGGAACAAAGAUGACCACCAUGGUCAUUACACGCAUGUACCGUCCGCUGGAGUUGCUGUACGGCUGCUCGCACUACGGUGGCACGGCUGACAUGUGGAGUAUCGGAGUUCUGAUGGCAGAACUCUGUAUCCGCAACUGGUUUCUCUACUCCGACACCGACAUCCAACAAGUCGCCACCAUCUGCGAGAAGUUUGGAACGCCGACCGAGGAAACCUGGCCAGGCGUGUCUUCUCUCCCGUACUACGUUGCGCCUGAGAAGCAAACCGGUCCGCAGGGUUCUACAGCCUUCAGACAAACGCGUCCCCGCGUGUGGUGGAAACAACAGUUCCCUGCACUGGGAGACGACGGCUGCGACUUCAUCAAGGGUUUACUGACCCUGGACCCGACAAAGAGGUACACGGCUCGCAAAGCGCUAGAGGACAAGUGGUGGACCAACGCACCCCGGCCCACGAAGAAAGAAAACCUGCCCAAAGAAGGCGGUGGGGCAAAAGCUAUGGGAGAGGAUCUGAAGCGGAGAGGCGGAGAGAUGCCUACCAAUGGUCGCGCCGACAAGGUAGCUCGGAAGCUUGAUUUUGGCUCCAUGGGGUAGAUCACACUAUCCAAGGAAAAGCUUAAACACCCUGAGGCCUACGUUGACGCUAGAUCUUCUCGAUUGCUUGUUUUUGUCCUAGUGUAGGCUGCAGGCCUGUUCAGUUUCUUCCUUGUAGCUUGUAGGAGGUGUGGCUGCGUUCCGGCUUCUCCCGAUCAAGUGGUUCGAUCGAGUGGAUCCCUUGGAUCUGACAUGGGCGUUUGGGCGUGGGCGUUUGGAGCUCGGUUCAAGGGAACCUGCAUACGGGUAAGGCUUU